AUGUAUAUCGCCAGUAUCGAGAAGGAUGAAAGAGCCAACACCCAUAACGGUCAGUCGCUUCAGCAAGGAGGUGUGAUCAAAAAUGCACUUCAGCCAGAGGUCAGGUUGGCCCUCUUUGAUGUUGCUUUGACCUUGCUUGAACACAUAAAUGCAGGUGAUUUGGAUGGGAGAGAGUCAAACACAGAACACAUUGACAUUGAUUUGGCUAAUGUGAAAUGGAAUGAGAACGAACCUUUGCCAAAGGAAGACACAAAAUUGGAAGACUUUGCAGAUGGGGAUGGAACUUUGACCCAUAAAAGGGAAAUUGGCAUAUCUUUGGCUUCAGAUGGUGAAUUUGUUCAUUACUCCAGUCAAGCUGAGGAAGUUAAUGGGGAUGUUGGUCUAAAAAUAUCUGAUCCUUUGGAUCAUACUCCGGAUUCUAUAAAGGCUGAAGUGGUGAGUCGGAAAGGGUUAUAUGAAGGCAAGAUUGAGAGUGAUUCUUUGGACUGCAACUUUGGUGGGAACAAUAGUUGGGAAAAUGCGGGCAAAAACAAAAUACAGAAUUCCUUGUUGGUUAGUUUGCAAGAAGGCUUGGAUCAAAGAGACAAUGUGGACACCAAAGUAUUCUUGCAUACCUUGACUCUUCCAGAAGCAGAGAAAUCUGAGGAAAAAGAGAAAGGUGAAGAAUCUAACAAACAUGGUAAAGGGCUUGGAGAGAAACAAUGUCUUUGGGAUCUUACAAAAGAUGCCAGUUCAUUUAUUCAUUCCUUGGGAAACUCAUCUGAACCAUUUGUGACUGAAACUACUACUGUUUUUCCUUUCUCUCAAAAUGCAGUCACCAAUUCUUGUCUGACAGAAAAUGUGCUACAAGGAGCAUGUCAGAUUGUGCCCGAACAAGUUGCUGAUCGAAUUUCAGGAAGCAGGGGAUAUGCAAAGAGUACUAGCAUCACAUCACUUCCUAGCAUUGGACUUCAAAGGCAGGAGGCACCCUUUUACACAUCCAACUUGUAUUGUUCCCACCACAAAAACUCAAGUAUGCCACUGAAAAGGAAAGCGUGCUUUGGAUGGUUGUCAGACGAUGAAAAUUCUCCAGAAAGGUCUGAUACAGCAAGACUUAGCAAUGACGAUUUUGGUAAAAUCAAAGAAAUAGGAAGUAAUGCUAUGGCAACAGCCCGAGGAAUCUGCUUAAUAGAAAGUGACAGUUCAGAAAAAAAUAAGGAACUUGAGAAAAACAUUAUGCUUUCAAUUGAGAAACAACUACCGGAUAAGUUUUCUUCAGAAUACAAUUGUACAGGAAUUGAGGAAGAUACAAGAAGACUUGCGGACCGCCCAUUUCAACCCCGGACGAGCCUUUCAAAGGACACGGGUCAAAAAUUUAAUAGAGAUAAAUAUGAGCAAACAGAAGUUCUUCCAAAUCUGCGGCACAGAAAUGAAAUUAAUGAUGAACCGAGUUGGAAGUUUAGAAAGCUGGAUAUGGAUGAGAAUAUUGGUGUGUCAAGAUUUUUUAGGGCUUCACAUAAAAAACAGUCUUCCCAUGAACAUGAAACACAUAGAUCUGAUCACAGGAAUGGUAGAACAGAUGGAAAAGACUCAUGGCAGCUUACCAACAACAAUUCUUACGAUAAAAGGACAUCAUAUCACUCUUGGAAAGAAUAUCAAAGAGUUGAACCCAGAAAAAAUGAUUGGCACGGUCAAACUAUUAUCAAUCAACAUUUGGAGCAAGGUAUUUCUUGUAAUCAACAAGGAAACUUUUGUGAAGAUCAUUACAGGCAAGAGUACAAGAGAAACUCAGAAAAAGUGAAUAUUAUCUCUUAUAACAAAAAGUAUACAGAUGAUGAGGGCUACGGUAGACAAAACUACACAGAAUCAAUAAAUGUUACUGGCAAAUCUUCUUUACUACAUGAGAAGAGAGGUUUCCAACAUCCCAAAAGUGGACACAACCAUCACCGUGGAAAUGGAAAAGUUGGAGACAAGUUCCACUUAUUUAAUAUGCCAGUUGCAUUGUCACAUACCCAGUUUAGAAAUGACAGUUAUACUUUGCCACCCAAAAACCACUACAAGAUGAGAAGAUGGGAUGUGAAGCCAGAUUUCAUUAAACGAAGAUGAAAAGAUUAGAAGAAUGAUGUAUUUCUAUUUGUAAAGGGUGAAGGAUUUGGGCCCCCUGGUUGCUAUCAAACACGUUGAUAUUUAAGGUUCUUUGUCAGUGUGAAGCAAAGAUUUUUUUAUUUUAACUGAUCUAUGACUAUGCUUUACUAACUUGAACUGAGCAGCUUAAAUUUAUUUUCCAUAAUCACUCAAAG